GGGAAGCAAGAGGGGAAGGAAUCUGAACCGGGAAUCCUGGCUUUCGUACGUUUGUUUUAUUAAAGGAGAAACGUUUCUCUUUAUCCUCUUGAACUCAUGAAGAAGUGAGAGGUACAAAUCCCUACGUUUUCGGUGCUGAAGUUUUAGCCAAAUCAAAAUAAAGAUAAGGUUUGGUUUGAAACUAAUCAGAGGAGUUGGCAGCACGACACUGAGUCGUGAAACUGACCUCCCGCAGGUACACUGAGGAGGUGCGAGAUCGCGGAUUCGCUGGCAGGGGCUCCAGACUUUUCCCCUUCUCGGCCAAUCUUCGCUUGUGUCACUUGUUGUUGUGGGAAUUCCCUGAUGUUUUGAAGUUCUAGAAGCGAGCGAACUCUUUACAUGGAUGUGUCGGGGAGGAGUCGUUAGCUGAUAGAGAAAUGGAAGUGGUUGACGAGACUGAAGCUUUACAGCGCUUUUUUGAAGACCAAGAGGUAGCGCAGUCCAGAAUGGCUUAUGCAGAUGUCCCCUUCAGACAUUACAACACAGGGCAUGAAAUCAAUGGAGCUCUUGAUACGUCCAACAUUGAUACAAGUAUUCUGGAGGAGUAUAUCAGUAAGGAAGACUCCACUGAAAUCUGUUUCCCAGAGCUCCCAGUCUCAGUAAGUUAUUCCAGCUCUCAAGCAUCUGGCUGUGGUUCUAUUCCCAGUGCCAUUGUGAACACAGGACACCUGAACAGCCCUUCCACGAGUGGAGUCAGCCACCUUUGUCACGUCGCUGCUGGCUCAAUUCCAAUUGCAACUAGGCAUGGAAGUCACAUGCCUAACCCCGCGUCAUGUGGCCCAAGCCUCAGUGGUCAUGUGAACUGUACUGGCAACAAUGGAAUGAUAGUAAAAAGCUACCCUGCCAACAUCUGCAUGAACAGCAACACUACUGCUAUUAAAGUGGAACCAAAGCCUUCCUAUGCACCUGGUACUUUACCUGAAUCUCCACCUGAUUCUGGAUCUGAGCCGUACUCCCCUCCACAGGUGAAUGCAGAGUCCCACCUGCUCCGCACCAUGACACCAGAGCACCUCUGUCAUAUGGCACCCUCUUCUCGUCUGGAACACCCUGCACAAUCACACCUGCAACCACCACACCCUCAUCAGCCGCCCAACCCACACUAUUCCAAUGUGCCGCGGGAGAUGUACAUGAAGCCUGAGCCAAUGAUGCCCCAGUAUCCAGUAUCAGGAAUAUCACCAAAUGAGCUCCAUCAUGUCCAGCAGUCACAAAUGCUUCAUCAGCUUCUACAGCAUCAUGGACCAGAAGGUAUUCCUGUGCAUCCAGCCAAGAAACGGAAACAUUCAGACUCCCCGCCAAACACUUUAAACACUCAGAUGUUGAAUGGAAUGAUUAAACAGGAGCCAGGGUUAAUGCAAGACAACGACAGCCUGAAUGGCUCUUAUCUGGAUCCCAACUACCAGUGUAUAAAAUGGCAGCCACACCAGCAGAACAAAUGGACCACUCUCUGUGAUGCCAACUGCAAAGAUCUACCCAAUCCUAGCUACAGAGUAGAUGCUGACAAAGGCUUUAACUUCUCUGUGCCUGAUGAUGCUUUUGUUUGCCAAAAGAAGAACCACUUCCAGGUCACUGUUUAUGUCGGCAUGAUGGGUGACCCCAAAUAUGUGAAAACUCCCGAGGGGCUCAAACCAAUUGAUUUCUUCUUCCUGAAGUUGCACGGAGUAAAGUUGGAGGCAAUGAACCAGAGCAUCAAUAUUGAGCAGUCACAGUCAGACCGCAGCAAGAGGCCCUUCAAUCCUGUCACAAUUAACAUCCCUUCUGAUCAGGUCACAAAAGUCACAGUUGGAAGGUUACAUUUCAGCGAAACAACAGCCAACAACAUGAGAAAGAAGGGCAAACCCAAUCCAGACCAAAGGUACUUCAUGCUGGUGGUCGCCCUUCAGGUUCAGACCCAGAAUCAGAACCACCUUGUGGCUGCACAGAUCUCAGAAAGAAUUAUUGUCCGGGCAUCAAACCCUGGGCAGUUUGAGAGCGACACAGAUGUCCUGUGGCAACGUGGUCAACUUCCUGACACGGUCUUUCACCACGGUCGAGUUGGCAUCAACACAGACCGUCCUGACGAAGCGCUGGUUGUCCAUGGGAACGUGAAGGUCAUGGGCUCAUUAAUGCAUCCGUCAGACGCUCGGGCAAAGGAGAACAUCCAGGAGGUAGAUACCACGGAGCAGCUGAGGAGGAUCACUCAGAUGCGACUGGUCCAUUACCAGUACAAGCCAGAGUUUGCUGCCACAGCAGGCCUCGAGAAUGCUUCAGAGACAGGUGUUAUCGCACAAGAAGUGAAGGAGAUUCUGCCUGAGGCCGUGAAGGAGUCAGGGGACGUGGUGUGUGCCAACGGAGAGACUAUCGAGAAUUUCUUGGUUGUUAACAAGGAGCGGAUUUUCAUGGAGAACGUGGGAGCUGUCAAGGAGCUUUGCAAACUAACUGACAACCUUGAGACACGGAUUAACGAGCUGGAGACAUGGAGCCGGAAACUGGCCAAGUUAAAGCGGCUGGACAGCAUGAAGUCCACUGUCAGCGGAGGAACACUAAGCCAAACUGGUAGCCAUUUUAGUCGGGCUGGAAGUGGGCAGCAUAAGAAAAGGCACUCAAAAGUUGGCAAUAAGACACCUCCCAACCCAACAGAGCAAGGUUGCCUUAGCCAGAAGUUCCUCCAAGGCACCAUCAUAGCUCUUGUUAUCAUCAUGGCAUUCAGUGUAAUAUCGAUGUCCACCCUUUAUGUGUUGAACUUGCGAAAUGAUGAUGGCGCAGAUGCUGAUGGACCAUUUGGAAACGCCAACCCAGACUCCACUUCAACAGAAAACCAUUGGUCCACGCCUCUAGACUCACACGACACGAUUGGAGCUCAACAACCAGUUGGUAUGUCUUCACCUGCUUCUCCUGUGUCCCACUCCCCUCGUCCACUUAGUUUAUGCUACUCCUCUCCAUGUGAAGUAUUAUGCUGCCUCCUUAACUCUACAAAUCCACCCAGCAGUAGCAUCCUGCCAGUGACUACCAUCCCAUUGACCCCUUCUUCAGCUAGCACUAACCAUCCCACUGCUGAUCAACCUGGCACAUCUGCCACCAGCAACAUCAAAGCCAAAUCUUCUGUAAAUGAGAAUCAGAAUGAAUAUAACAUCAGGCGGAUGUCUCCCAGAGACGGGAUCAGCAGCUCAAACAAUUACAGUCCUUCACCACCACAGAUCCUAAAUAUCCAUGGCAAAUCACAGUUUCCUCCUCACUUUACCAGCAUGCAGAAUAAACUGCCUGGCCUGCAGGCGAGAAGGCAAAGAAGCGCCGAGCAGACAGACUCGACUGACAGCGACACAGGCUGGCAGAACACCACCUUAACUUCUACCCAAAUUGUCGAGGAUGGUCUGGAAAUCACGGAGCAGUACUGUCUGACACAAGGAUCCUGCAGCUCAGGGAAUUACACCUACUCAAUCCCAGUCAGCAAGACCACAUCCAUCGAUGUCACCAUCACCUUGCAAAUGAAGACCGCUUUGCCUCUGGUUGUUUAUCUGUGUAGUGUUAAUUAUGGCAAUUUAUGCGGGACUAUAUCGAAUACUGGCUUGAAGAUGGAAACUUCACCGACCCAGGGAACAACACAUAACUGGCAACUGGUAGUUGGUCCAUACUAUGACAUCACCUAUCACUUUCGAGUGGCCAUUCCAAGCCAGGCUACGUGCAACAGUGACAGCACAUCUGCGGGAGAUACCUUCACACAAUACAGCUUCCAUUUCUACCGAGUCUGCAAUUGAACAGGAAGGUGCUCCGUGGUGAGACAGACCACUAGCUUUCCUCUACAAAAGCUUCAUCGUCAACGAGGAAUCUUCCUGGUCCAGGACAAUGCAGCCACUCAGAAUGACCAAAGGAGACACUGGUGUGAUUGAGAAGUUCUACACACCACACACAUGCAGCCUGCACUUACAACUUCCUGCUGGGACAGGAACUUUUACACUUUGAGUGAGGGACUGGGGCUGGGGGACGGGAUAGAGAGAGGGGGAAAGGAAAUUUUUCCCUUUCCUAGAAAUAAAUUUUGGGAUGGGAUUUUCUGUACAGCACAGGCUAUUGUAAAAGGCACCAUUCAGUAAAAUAUUCAGAAAAUGAUGGCUCAGACCAAAUGAAUCUUAGAACCUGUAUAGGUUGAGUUUAGGAUUAAGGUUGCAGCAUUAAAACCGAUUUUGCCCAGCUAUGCAAUAGAUAUAUUAUUAACAUUGUUAAGAUUCUGUAACCAGAAGAUGUCCCAAUUAACAUUCCUCAGUGCAACAAUCACAUAAAAUUUAGACACACCCCACUUUGUCAGUAAGAAUGGUUCCUACUGCUGAUUUCUGCCAUAACUGCAUAUGGGACGUUGUAAUUAGUUCAGUGCCCCGCUCAAGGGAAGGAGAAAACAAACCGGUCUAAUUUUGCUGAUGCUGCUCACUGUUCAAUGACUUCUGUUCCAAUGUCUAUUUAUGCUCAGAAUCAGAAUGAGUUGCAAAGAUUUCUGCAGUAAACAUGCUUUCAUAUGAAAAAGCAUCACUUAACUACAGUACUGGAAGGGUUAUUGGCUCCUGGAGAAGUAUAUUUCAACAAUAAUCAGUAGUUGGAACAUGGACAAGAGUAUAGUAUUAUGUUGGGAAAAGCAAUGGAGAGAAGUGAUUGGUUCUGGUCAUCAGUAAACUGGUGCAUUUUUACAAUACUGAGUGAUAAUCUUACACCUGUCUGGGAACUUAGUUAAUGGAGAAACUGAAAGAUGCCAAUACAAAUGCUAAUCUAUUCCUCAGGAAGAAGUAAUACCUUUUGUUACAAAGGAAAAAAGGUGAAAUUACUUAAAUGCUUUCAUGCUUGCAUAUAGCACGUCGACCACUGCCGCAUACCCAUCUCUGAAGGUGCUGGCACACUGCAAUAAUUUAGUACAUUCUGCAAAAUUGAUUAAUUUAUGUUACCAUUGCAAUGCAUUCAUUCUGUGGUGUAUAUUGUGAGCAUUGGCCACCAGGAUUGUCAUGGAUUACAUCACUCAUAUGAGUAUGCAAUUGCGCAUAUAAUUAUUUCUAGUGUAUAUUGCCUUAAAAAUACAGCAGAAACCUAAUUGUACAAAUUCAUAGAUAGAAACCCACUUCAAAUUUACGGAUCAAGAAUGUUGUGAGAAUCAGCAAGGAAUGCACAUCUUAACAAACAUCACACAGAGCACUUUGCUAAUAUUUUGGGCAUGGAUAACAAAAAAUUAAACUAAUGUAUUUUGCCUCCAGAAACCAGAUCCAAACUAUUGAAAUUAGUCUUAAUCUGCUGGCUGGAACAGUUCUACUUAAAACAAGAUUGGGCAAUUUCAAUGUAAGGGUAGGAUGGUCAACACAUGACUGCCCAAAUCAUCACUUAAACGCUUGCAGGAUGAUUAGACUGGGUAAAUCUACUCUGCAUCACUACUCUGCUUGCAGAAAUCACUCCCAAGGGUAAGGCUGAAGUGUCUUGUUGAGCAGGUGUGUUCUGCACUUACCUCAAAUAUUCCUCUUCUUGAUAACACUUAUAGUCUAAAAAGACUCCAAAAAUGUCUAAUAUUUCAAACGUGCAAAUAUCUCUCAACCACCUUAGCUUUGAGGAUAGAGAAGGAUUCAGCUGUUGAAAUUCACGCCUCUGAGCUUAGUAUGUGAGGAUUCUGACAUAUCCUAACCUUAUCUGAGACAUCGAUUUAUUCUGACUUGAUUACACUCUAGCUCUUACUAAUAAAGAUGUCUGAAAUUACCCAUGUUCCACCUUGGUUGCUUCCCACUACAUUCCUUAGGCAGUAUCAUUGUAUCCAUACUUCAUGCCUCUCCCUUCAACACCUCAUCCCCGCUGUGGUGCUUCAGCUGAGACAAAUAUGAAAGAACAGUGCAGGACUGUCACCCAUGAUGCUGUGGUGCUCCUUUAACAUACUCCAAGAUCAAUCUAACCCUUUCUUCCCACAUAGCCCUCCAUUUUUCAUUUGCCUAUUGUCAGUACCUCUAGUUGAACUCUGUCUUUUUUGUGUGUUUCCCCCUGGCUGUCAGUCUGUGGUUUUGUAUUGCCAUGUGUUCCUGUCCCCACUCCUGCUCUACUCCGGCCCCUGUAUUACUGAGUACUCCGUCUCUCACCUGUUCCUCAUUAUUACCUGUACUGCAGCCACCUGUGUCUCAUUGUGCUCCACCUAUCAUCUGCCUCUCCGUUUAUUGCUCAGUGUAUUUCAGUCCCGUGUUUUCACUUGUUUGUUACCAGGUAGUGCCAGUGAAUUUUCCUGAGCCUUUCCAGCAUUUGUAUCUGUACCCAGUCCGUCUGAAUAUCGACCCUGCCUGUUUCCCGAUUCUGGUUUUUGCAUUUCUCUGGAUGUUUUGAUCUCUGCCUGAACUUUGACGCCGACUUUGUUUGCACCUCAGGAUUUAUUACUCAAUUAAUAUCACUGUGUGCACAGUACUGUGUCUGCGAUUGGAUCCCUGCGCCAGUGUCCUGACACUUAUGUGCCAAUCCAAGAGUCUCUUAAAUGUCCCUAAUGUAUCUGCCUCCACCACCAACCCUGGCAAUGCAUUUUUACUCUGUAUUUAAAAAAAACACUUCUGAUAUCCCCCCUAUACUUUCCUCUAAAUACCUUAACAUCAUGCCCCCUUCUAUCAGCUAUUUCCACCCUGGGAAAAAGCCUCUGGCUGUCCACUCUACCUUUGUUUCUUAUUAUCUUGUCCACCUCUAUCAAGUCACCUCUCAGCCUCUCCAAAGUGAAAAGCCCUAGUGCUAUCAGCCUGACCUCAUAUGACAUCCAGCAUCCUGGUAAAUCUUGUCUGCAUGGGUAAUUUUUCCUGGCAGUAUCAUAAUACAUUGUAGUAAGAUCAUUAACCUAACAUGUUUGGUAUAAUAUAUAAAAUAUAAAUUAUACUGCUGCAUAAGUAAUUUAUCUAGAAUGGAUCUGGGUUGAGUUUAGUUUGCCCAACUGUUCCUUCAGAACUGCCUUACUAAAAAAUUAUUUAUAAUGAAUUUAGGUUAGCCAGCAGUUUAUAGAAUCUAAUUACUUGAUUAAAGUGUAAGUUUGAAGAUUGUUCUGGGCCACCUACACAGUCUAGUUCAGCCAUACUUAAAGGAUGUCCUGAGCCUUUAAGAUAGAUAGACCAUUUGUGAAGUCCUCUAAUUGCAGAAGAGAUGUAACAGCCUCUAGUGUCCUGGUCUAAAAGUCAGACAGUCAGAUUGAGCUAUCCAUCUGUGUUAAGACUUGAUAAUGGUGUACUGUAUUGUUUGGGGAUGUCAGCUGUGAAAGGGAUUGAGCUUGGUUGUGAUGAUCCCUGCGUGCACACUUUUAAUACGACAGAAAUAUAUCCAUUAAAAAGUCAAGAGACACAGGUAUAAUGUUCAGUAUAUUCCCCCCACCCCCAAACCCACAAGCAACAGUUAUAUUCUUGCCCAACAAAAAUUCCCCUGAAAUUUAACAUAGUAAUGAGAAUGUGAAACUUAGAUGCAACCAGACAGGGCGAUUUGAGGCAAGAGCAUGUUUAAAUAACUAUUUUAAAGAACUUAGUUGAUAGGGCUUAAAGUGUUGUAAGAUAGUUGUAUCAUGUGCCAAAAUAGGGACUGUAUAAUGGCCCCUUUCUCACGAAUGAGCGGAAGCCGUUUAACUGUAGGCUGUGAUGGUUCUAUGUGCAAUGUGUCUGGAAAGGACAUGGUCUCGGGACACCCGGGGGAGAACCCGCCCAAAGGCCACACUUCGUCUGCAGGAGGUGCUCUUUAGAGAAUGACGUAUGAAGUAUAUUGCUAUAGCUAUCUAGAGGGAUUUUGCUUUAGUCCAUAAGCUGGUGUGCUGCUACUGACCGAAGGAAUCGUUCCCGGCAAUCAAAUUCCGAAUUCCGAAUUCCGAAUCCUUGCACCGCUCUCCGUCGCAACAAUAGGUCCUAAAGGUACCUAUUGGAGGAAAGUUGAGAACGGAUCUUUCACUUAACCUGCAUGACUACUGAACCCCUUGAGGGAGGAAUCUUCCUGUAAAGCCCAAACUGCUUCCCUACGUACCACGUCUUGUCCGGGCGAAUUGACUUCCACCGCCCUUCCCGGAAAUCUGGGAUAAAUGUCAUCGAAACACUGUCUGGAGCGGUUGUUGUAAAUAUUCUGUCAUGUAAAUGGUAUUUUAAACGCAAGGUCACGUCAGUUAUUAGGAUCACAAUAACUCGCGAGAUACUAAACCCAGUUAAUGUAAUGUGACUGUUACAGAAUCAGAGUGGACUGUUUUUAUGUGUAACAAGGAAUGUAUUAAUCCUUAUUUUAAAAGCCUUACAUAGGAUGUAGCAAUCUGGUUGAGUGUAAGAACAUUCUGGUUGAACGUUGCUCUGGAUUUCCAGCAUCUGCAUGAAAUCUUGGUUCAUGAGUGUGAUAAACCGUACGCUAAUUGACUCCCGGAAGGUAAUCAGACAAGGAUGCAGUUUCUGGCUGUCAUCAGCCAGUAAUUCUGCUAAUGUUUCUGUGUAGACAACAGUUGAAGACAGGAUCAGAUUUUAGAUCCAAUGCGUCUCAUGGGAAUCAGCCGAAAAAGUGGAAUUAAGGUCAAUCGUCUAACCGGCUGGUUCCAUUGAAUGGCAGGGCAGAGGGUCCGUGCGUCCUCCUCCCGUUCUUAUUUUUUGUCGUUACGGGGCUCGUCCAAGAUCACCACCUACUUUGACUAGGUGUUAGAGGAUAGCUGGGGGCAGUGUAACUGGAUCGUUAUUCCAGGUGAGAGAGACACAUUGUGCCUGUUGCCACACAUCACGAAAUCUGUUCCACAAUCCCUCCAUCACUUAAAGAUCUGGUGGUUUUAAUUGACGGUCUUUGGGCUUCUGCAUGAGCCACUUUGCUUCAGCCCUGAAUCAACCUUCAGCAGAGGAAUAAAACUGGAGAGGAAACACUAACAAUAAAUUAACAUUAGAGGUGUUGAUACUUAAGAAAAGGAAACUGGAUUGUAUCAAGCAUGUGGUCAAUUGCCUCCCGAGGUCAGGCCACGUGGUACCGAGAUUAACGCCGGCAGGGGGCGCUGCGCUCACUGCUUAAACUUAAUAACUGUAUCUUAAAAAUAUCAAUUGCUAAAUAAAAAUAGCUCAAAGCUCCCUGUAAAUAUUAUGUAUUUUAAUUGCUAUUGCAAUCAUUUCGUAAAGCACUAAUUCUUGUUUUAUUUUUACAAUCACAUGUUAAUCGUUGUACGUAAUUAGCUUUUUUACGUGUUAAAAUUUUGUUUUUUUAUUCAGCUGUGGGUUUUGUGUAAGAUAGACUUAGAAAUUACGUUUCUGCUAGUUUUAUGUUUAGCUUCAGUGUACUUGAGUUUCAUUGUGUUAUUGAAAAUAUAUUUAUUGUUCUGUAUUAAUGUCUGGACAGCUGACUCAUUUUGUGUGUCCAGUUACAGACUGUGUGAAGCCGUAGCAGCAGGGAUGAAAUAACACACAGCCAAUUCUUAUUGCAGGAUACCAGAACAGCCUUUCUGUUUCCUACUGCGCUCUGGGCGAGGCAAUCGUCUUAAUGUUAAUUUAUGACUUUGGAAAUCUCUUAAAAAGCACAGUCCUUGUGUUAUUAUUUUUGCAAAUUUGAUAUGUAAUAUCGUUCCCCCAUCACCCCUCCCCCCAACCAGGUUUAAUACCGCAAACUCAAGUCUGAAAAAUCCAUUUUUGAAGGAAGAAAACAAAAAAAAAGUAAUUUGGCCACCCAUCUGACUAAUGGAUAAUGUUAGAGGAUGCAUAACGUGGCUGAUUAUUUAAUCUCUUCUGUGGCGAAGUUGGGAAUCGUUUGACGAAACGUAUUAUGACCGUUGAAUAUGUUCAUCUCUUACCAAAUAGUACUGCAGCUGUCGAUAUGCAAUAAAUAUUGUUAACUAAAACAUUCCUGUGGUUCAUGGUACAUGCAGCUGUCAACCGUUGAAAUAACACACAACACUAAAGUGUUUUUCUACAUCGCUUGUUGAAAAGAAAGAUUAAUUUCAAACGUUAAUUGCCAAAUCGAUUUGUAUAUUUUUUUUACCUAGCAUUUAACAAUAAAGAUUAUUA